AUGCCUACACUUAAUGACGCGCCUUCUCCUGCGUUGAGCUCUAGUGGGGCCCCUACAGCAAACUACCGAUCACCUACUUCCGCCAUCUCUCGACCUCGACCUCAAUCUGCUUUCCUCAUGCCUUCUGAUGGUAUCUCUAAUCCAUCUUGGCAUGCACCUCGCCCGGGCCACAAUCACCAACAAGACGAUUCGAGUUUGAAUUGUCAAAGUUUUCAAUCUGGCACCGAUCAUUCUUUUUCGAUCUCUGAUUUGAACGAUCAUGUUCAAACAUCAUCGUAUCCUCAGCCAGCCUUGAAUCGUACCUUGCCAUCUUUACACUCUUCGGUCUCUCAACAUCACCCUUCUGCAACAGCUCCCAGAAGUACUGAAGCCUUCAAGCGUCUAGGCCAAGCCAGUCUCGUUAGUUCGUCCAUAUUCAAAUCCAAUCCGCCAGCCAGCAUCCAACCAUCUCCCUCGCCAUCGACUUUCGCCUCUGAUACCAUUCCAGCCCCCAGCACGCCUCGCGCUCUUCACACACCUCUCAGACCUCAAAGUCAAAUGGCUGCUGCUCUCAAAGGUCUUGGUUUUGCUUCUCAGACUACUUCAUCAACUACUUCUCAUACUCCUCUUGCAUCAUCUUCUUCAAAAACCGGUCCUACUCCUGCCUCUGCACCGCCUAUGCAACCAAUUCGAAAGACGGGUACUAAAAGGAAAAGCGACGAGAAUUUACCUCCCCCAAGACCUGCUCCUGGCUUACCACCUUCCGCUCCUCCAUUACACACACAUCUUAUUGAUACCUCAUCUCUCUCUGCUCCUCCUAAAUCUCGACCUCCUCGCAAGAGCUCAGCUUACAACGCGCUCACCCGGAACGCUCUCGUAACUUCAUCACCUUUCAAAGCUCAGUCGAAGACGUCCGUACAGUCCUCCGAUCAUCAAACCUCGGCUUCUGUAUCUGGCACAUCAAAUAUGCAUACCAAGUUACCUGUCGCCGUCUCUCCACCUGGUUCAUCUUCCGAGGAAGGCGAAGGCUCAUCUAACGAAUCAGAACCUACCCCAGGCACACCUCCAUCAGCAACAGCUCCUUCUAUACCUAAUACCAUCCCUUCUCCACGUUCUACGACAAAUUCUGGUAGUGUGUUAAAAAAUCAAAGAUUGGGAGGUCCCAGAAGUUUCACUCCUCCUCCUCAAUCAUCCUAUGACGAAGAAAAUGAGGUAGAUGACGAAGUCUCGAGAUCAGCUCGACCUCCAUCCGCUAUGAGUACACCUGGUAAGCGACGCGAACGUAGGAAAACUGUCACAUGGGGUGGAGAAGACGUCCUAGAGUUCGAACGCGAAGAAGAGUGGAGAAGAGCUAGUGGAGCCUCAUCAAUCGAAUCUCAUGGCUCUUCACAUUCUAAUCACUCUGAAUCCGAGGAAGAAUCUAUCGAAGUUCCUUCAUCUCAUAUCACCCACUACCAGGCGCCUGGCGCAAGCGAAGUUCGCGAUGAAUUCUGGGGGCGUGUCUCGGACCCAUCUGAUACUCAAGACACUCAUGAGCAAGUGGAUACGGAGGAGGCUGAUCAGUCUGCUACAUCCGUCAUUGUACAUGAGCUCGAUGGCAUUCCUACAAAUCACCCAGAAGGUGAACACGUAACAAGCUUCUCUAGUGAGAUGGACCCGGUCGAUAAGAUGGUCGACGCCUUGUUGACUUCGCCGGACCUAGCUGGACACGUAGGAAAUGGAAUGUCCCUACAGCCAUGGGCCAUGCCGAAUGUACAAGAGGAAUCAGGUCACUUACCCAAUGACGAGAGCCUCAGUCUUGAGGAAAGAAUGAGAUCAGAGGACGCCCAAGCCGAACUGCAUCGAAAACGAGAUCAUCCGCCGACACCGACACCUCUGAGACCCAAAUUAGUCUCACGAUUUCCAUACAUGUCUCCGCGUCUCGGAGACAAGGCUUUGGAGUCCACACCUCCGAGUCUUCCUUCCACUGCGGACACUGAGGGUGAACCCUCGGUCCAGAAAACAGCCUCGCCGGCUGAGUCUAGCUCGAUCAUCAACGAGCCUCCUCCUUUUCAACCCAUCACCUUACAAGGACUGGACGGAGCUGAUGAUAGUUUAUUCGCCGAAGGUUCGUUCGCCUCAAUACUUCAGGAGCCUUCUUUCUUAGGCACCUCUUCAGACACAGCAUUGCCAACUACCGGCUUCAUGAUCCCCCGCUCACCUGGUCUCCCUGGGCUACCGGUGUUGCCUCCAAACCAGACUAUCCUCUCUUCAACUCCGCGGCCCUCAUUCUCUACAAAUCCGCCUAGUCCAGCGCCUAUCUUUCCCGAGAUAUUGGCUGCCAUGCCAUCUCAAACAUCCGCACAUGUCGAAGAACACUGCCCAGUCCUAUCACCACCUGGCUCCCGUCGCCCACUCCCACGUCUUCCUCCGUCGUCAGACUCGCCGCCUUUGAGCAUGAAUGAUACGAAUAAGUUGCCUGCAGUUGGACAGUCUUCAACCGGCCUUUCUGCUCUUACUGCUCCUGCAUACUCACUUCCUGAUAUAGGCGUCAAUUCACCUUUUGUGAUGUCGAAGUCGGAUUACAACCCAUCGGAUAGUCCCAAUUGUAGCCCCGGAGGACGUCCACGUAUCACUCGAGAAAAGAUCCAGGAACGAAUGCGGGAUCGAGGAGCGACAAAAUCACCCGAACCCGACUUUGGUCAACCAACCCUUACUCGGGAUCCUAUCUCACAAGCUGCCUCGCUACAUCAACUCACCGCUAGUGGCAAUCAUGAAGAGUCUCUAGAGUCUGAUGCAAUGAUGGGAGUUCAGAAUCCUUACGAUUUGGCACUAUCGGCUCGUGAGGGUUCUUUACCUGAAAUCCCACAUGAGAUUCCUGCUAGACCACCUUUAAAAGCUAGAGUAGCGACUUUGUCAGACUCGAUCAUUCGACCCGACUUAUCUCAUCUUGGACUUGUAAACGAUCAGACUUUGAAACAAGAAGAUAUGGAUGCCAUGUCAAGUGGACUCGAUAAGCUUGCUCACGGUUUUCAAACUUCAUCAUCCGAACUUAACUCAAUAACCAGCCUGAAUCAUUCAGUGUCGUUUUCUUCAGAUGGCGACGAGAGUAUGGAUACCAUUUCUGGUCAAACUACGGAGCAAAUCCUACCGAGUAAAUUGGUUCAAGUUAAAGGUGCUGGAAGACGCCGAAGAAGUCUUUCAACUGGUGGUGCAGAUAUUGAAGAGACCGGUACGGGAGCUGGCGCGAAGGCCGCUGUGAAACGUACUACACCUCUCUCUAAGCGUGCUCAAGCAAGUUCUGCAUUGCUUACUCAUGCUGUACAGCGCGGGAUGGACAAUACCGACUUCCAAGCUCCGCUAGACCGGGCUCUCAAAAAGAUCAUGGACGAUGGCCAGACCAUUUUGCAGAGAACGUAUCGAAUUCAAGAAGCAGAUACCGUUUAUGCCUCUGAUACCCGAACAGCAACGGUGGGUAAUGCUGGAGAUGUGGUGGAUAAUCGGAAUUGGCGUAAAUUGCGCAAGGUCUCUGAUAUCAAUGAACAUGAGAAACAACUAAAGGCAUUUUGGGCUCAGAAUGGGAACUCGAGUAAGAUUGGAAAGGUUUUUGUGAAGAUGUCAAAGCUUAUCUUGACAGGCCUCCCAGUCUCGACCCGCCCAGUAUGGUUUGAAGUUAUUAUUGACAAUGGACUCCAUACCGCUAAAACUGCUGCUUACAAACUUGAACCUGAAAUAACUCUCGGUGUAGAAUUCGAGUUGGUCCGUGCAAAGAAAUUGGAGUUUAGCUUGGUGUUCAAUGUACCUUUGAAUGAUCCCCGAAAUGCUCACCUACGCCCACGUCGACCAGCACCAACACCUAUAGCACCACCUGUCAUUCCUGAUAGUCCGAAACGAGGAUUGGCGAAGCUUUUUGGUGGUAAUGGACGUAGAAAUUCAAAGCAAGUCGUGGAAAGGACCGCUUCAGCUUCACCUGUUAAUUCGGCACCGACCUUUGAUCCACUUUAUCCUUUCCUAGAUCGUGAUGGGAAUCUAGCAAGGGCUUUGGUGAAUUUUGAUGAAUUUGCGGAUGAUAGUUUGGGAUCACUGAAGACAGUAGUGAUACCGUGUGUAGCAGCAGCUGAAGAUCCAGUAAAGGCUGCAAUGCAGAUGAGAAGGACCUUUACAGGUGGUGUUGGACAUAUCUGUAUGGAGUUUCUUUCACUUCCACCUUUACCUAAAGUACCAGAUGCCGUAUUACCAAACUCCAGUGGAGAAUGUCUGAAAGGAUUGAAGAUUGCUGAAUGGUGGCAAGAAGUUUGGCAUACAGGGGUCUUGAGCCAGAUGGGUGCAGAUUGUGAUGUAAGCAAAUCAUUUGGAUACGAUGAGCGGGAUGAGGACUUAUCUCAUCAUGUUUGCUUACUUUUGUUCUCUCUUUUUUUCCAGACAUGGCGACGUCGGACGUUCAAAGCCACCGGAGGUUCAUUAUUUGCUUAUAAUGAUAUCAUGAAUAAAUUAUCAGCCGAAAUUCGAUUAUCAGAAGUCUUAAGAUUAGAAGAAUGCGGUGUAGCUGCACCCGGUUCACCUGAUGCGACAAGUGUAGUUAGCAGUUCGAUUUCAGAUCAAGGUGAAAUCUUACCACCAUUUACUUUUAGAUUAGUAUUCAAGGAUGGAUCAGAAGUCUUUUUUCAUGCGGAUGAUCUUAAUGGGUUUACGAAGUGGAAGAGAGUCUUGACUCAAUUGAUUGGCAAAGUUCAUCAUUUACCAGUUUGGGCUGAAUUACUUCGACUUGAAAUUGCUGCCCGUCGGGCUGCAAUUGCUGAAGAACGAACUACUUCAAAUUCCUCUGCCCCUGUUGCCCGUAGUCGUCAGCCCGGUAGAUCAAAGGCUUCAGGACCAAGUUCAGAAUCGAGUAAUCUAACCCAUGGUAAUAGCGAUCGAGGCAGUGCUAUCACUGAGUCUCACUCAAGACCGUCUUCAUCUGCUCGUACUGGGAUGUCGUCUACCUCCGAUCCAAGACGUGCUCCUCCUUCGGCAUCAACAUCAAGACAAGUGAUGGCUUCAGAUUCUAAAGAUUCAAGAAUGUCUCGACCUUCUUCUUCAAGACAUGCUCCUCAACCUUCAUCACAACAUCGCCAUCAACCACAUCAACCUAUCGCAGGUCCUUCAUCUAGACCGAUUGCUUCUGCUUCUAGUAUGGCAGGAACUUCAUCUGUUAUCUCAUCUUCUUCUACUUCCUCAAAUGGACCACAACAUUAUCCUACUCCUACAGUUGCGAUCAAAAGGUCUAUGAAUCGAAUGGAUUUCUCAAAGUGA